UGAAGUGGAGCAAGCGCGACGCUAGCGGUUGUAGGGCCGAAGGGACUGGCGACAGCGGCGUCGCCAUGUCGCACGGCCACAGCCACGGUGGGGGCGGUUGCCGCUGCGCUGCCGAACGGGAGGAACCGCCCGAGCAGCGUGGCCUGGCCUACGGCCUGUACCUGCGCAUCGACCUGGAGCGGCUGCAGUGUCUAAACGAGAGCCGCGAGGGCAGUGGUCGCGGGGUCUUUAAGCCGUGGGAGGAGAGGACCGACCGCUCUAAGUUUGUUGAAAGUGAUGCAGAUGAAGAGCUUCUGUUUAAUAUCCCAUUUACAGGCAGUGUCAAGCUCAAAGGCAUCAUUAUAAUGGGAGAGGACGAUGAAUCACACCCCUCUGAAAUGCGACUGUAUAAGAACAUUCCACAGAUGUCCUUUGAUGAUACCGACAGGGAGCCAGACCAGACUUUCAGUUUGAACCGGGAUCUUACAGGAGAAUUAGAGUAUGCUACAAAAAUUUCUCGUUUUUCAAAUGUCUGUCAUCUGUCUAUUCAUAUUUCAAAAAACUUUGGAGCAGAUACCACAAAGGUCUUUUAUAUUGGUCUGAGAGGAGAAUGGACUGAGCUUCACCGACAUGAGGUGACUAUUUGCAAUUAUGAAGCAUCAGCCAACCCAACAGACCACAAAGUCCAUCAGGUUACCCCACAGACACACUUCAUUUCUUAG